GAAAGUGUUUUUAGGAAUGCACAGUAAGGCAGCAACCCUAGCCAUUUUUACAUGUAGGUAAGCCCCACUGAAAUUACUGAAGACGACUCCCAAGAAAGAUUGUUGAAUAUGCUUGUUUUCAUGUGUUUCCGAAGCCUCCUUUCACUUCCUUAUCUGACAAUGUUAUAUAAAUAGGUGGCUCAAUCUUUUUCUCUUUUAUAAUUCAGUUGCUGAAAAUGGAGUUUUAUAUAAAUUAGGUUAUCAGUAAACUGACCUUUUCUUAUUUUCCUCCUGAAAUUACCAAUAACCAAUUAAAGUAUCCAUUAAAGAUUUGGAAAUGUAAGAAGAACCACAGGCCAAACUCUCAGAAAUCACGUGACUAAGGGAGGGUGACUAAGCGUAACUUUUGUUCCUCUUAAUUAAAAGUGAAGUAAUGUAGUGUUACCUUCCUCCAUUUACUGUAAUAGCAGCUGUUAAAAAUGAUUUAAAGUCAUGGACAUAUGCUGUAUUGUUUUUCUAACUCUUUUGGCUUCUGGAUUUAUUGCGGCACAAGAAAAACAACUACUUUGCAGGUCACCUGAUUUAGUACUCUCAUAUUCUUCCUGUGGUUCCAGCAUUGAAACGCUUGUCUUUGGAGUGGAGCCAUGUUAUCUUAAUGGAUUUUCAAAAUGGAAGGGCACUAUAUUCUGGAUUCCAAAGAGAGAUGUAACCUUUCUCAGAACAACAACAGUCCUGUGGUAUGAACGUAAGAAAGUAUUAGAAUGGAGACAAGUUCUUUGCAUUGGUGAAGAUGAUGCCUAUACAUUUUGUGGAGCUCUGAAGGGAGAGACUGUCAACACAACUACGAGAAUCGCUGGUGAUAAAGCAAACUAUCCAAUGGGAGAAUAUACCGCAGUCUUGAAAGGAUUCUAUGGCCAUUCUGAAGCAGAUUUAUUUUUCUGUAUGAAUUUUACAUUAAUUCUUAAAAAGGAGCCUUCCUACAAUUUUGGAUAAGUUGUUGUAAACUGCGUAAGAGCUGCUUUCCAAGACUCAAACAGUAGAAUCAACUGCUGCCAGGUUUUGCCUUUGCUGGUGGAAUUGUCUGAAAAAUAAAAGUCUAUUCUUAUGUUA